AUGCUCCAUUGGCUGGCUGGCCAGAAGCCGCACGACAACAACAACCAAGAUCCAGACACCACAGGAUAUAUCGAAGCUCCCGAGACACCUGCGCCGGUCUUCGCAGUACGCGCCUUCAAACAUGCUAUCUUUGGAACGCCGUCAACACAGCAGAGACAGCCGCGGCGACACUCGAACACCGAAAACAAUGCGCGAUCGACAAAUCACACGCGUCCGCGUAUGAUGCGGCCGAAGAGCCAAAACGAUGCUGCCACAUUGGCGAAAUACGAAGAAGCAGUCGCGUCGGAGCCACUUCCUUCUCCUACUAAGGGAAUCUUGUUGACUCCGGGCACUGCCGGCGGAAAACGCAAAACGGUGUCAUUUGGCCUCCACGUCAUGGAUAAUGAAGACAAGCGACCGCUGAAGAGCGGCUUGCCUGAUGACUGUCCUGGCAAAUUUCCCAGUCCAUGGACGAAAUUUGAUGCUGAGAAUGUCGAGGAAGCGGCUGAUAGGCCAAGAGAACGCAGCAAAUUGACAGAGGCAUUAGAACAAGCACGCGAUGAAUCUAUGAAGCGGAGAGUCAAGUUGGGGAGCAGAGACAAGGUAAAAGAAGACGCGGAAUUGACCCAGGACCUGGAAGACCCAAAGUCUGAUGCUGGAAAGUACUGGAAGAAGGAAUAUGAUAUCUAUCGGGAAAACACCACGCGUGAGGUUAAGAAGCUCGUGACGAAGCAGAAGUCUGCGAAGAAUUACGCCCGAAUGAAAGAGGACGAAAACAUGGAUUUGAGAGAAGAAUUGCACCAGGAACGCAAAAAGGUCGAUCGGCUUGAGAAACGUUCAAUGGAGCUGGAAAGACAGCUGAAGGAGUUUCGGGAGAUGCUUCGAUCAUCGCAAGAACGCGAAAGAGACGCCAAAGAUGAGCUUGAUCGACUGAAACGAGGCUUUGGCACCACUGCUUCGACAUUUAGGCGAAUGGAUCUGACUCCACCGAAGUCCCAAAGCGAGGAAUCCCAACCAGAACAGAAAGAUCUGCGAAGCACAUAUUCGCGCCCAACACUCGUGCCAGCUCCAGAGCCGACAAAGGCACCACCCGUGCCCGCGAAGGACAACACUAAGGAUGCAUCGAAGCCAGCGACUGUAGAAGGAACGUUUCGUGCUAGGCCGAGGCCUCGGGACCUUCAUACAAGACUGGAUGACACAUGGGCUCCUUCGUCAAGUCUUGAUCCACUGAAAGUCGCUCCAGCACCUCCUUCGCCAAAGAGUAGCCGAGCCGUGACGAGCGGCACAGGUGCGUCUCCUCUCCAGUCGCUCAGCAUCAACAGCGUGGCGGACACGCGAUCCGUUGCUCUGUCGAUGGGCAUGCAACCUCCUUCGCCCCUGCGAGAGAAACCCAUGGAUUCUCCCAUGCGCCGAUCGCCAAAUCUAUCGAAACCAUUACCAUCGCUAGACAAGCCAUUUGUGCUCGAAGAAGCAUCUGGUCAAUUCCCACCUUCCAGCCCAUUUGACCCGAGCGCAGGCGCCCAGCAGACUAACGUCUCUCCCACAGAAUUGAAAUCUUCUCGGAAAGGCGCGAACAACACCAAAGAGAACGUCUCGCCAUCAAGACCAAAGUCAAGGGACGGACUUUCACAGAAACCUUCAGCUAUAUGGACCGGCAUAGGCGGAGAUAUCGCUGAACAGAAUCGAGCCAUUCAAAGUAAGGAGGGUAAAACGUAUAGCAUGACAGCGUCGGAAAGAGCGAGAGCGAAGCAAGCUGCGAAAG